UUUUAAAAAUAAAAAACCGUUUCUAUGAAUAUCUAAAUUGCGCAGUCAUGAACACCUUCUCGUUGAUUCUAAUGAUAUCGCUUAUGAGCGUGCCUCUCACACUGCAGGCCGCAAUCAAAGAUGAUCCUAAAUCCGUUGUGAAUUCAAAGAACGACAAUGUGAAGGCACUGGAUUAUAAAAACUCUGUUCAAGAGAUUGUCAAGGAUCUCAUAGGCACUUGGACGUCGCCAUUGGUAUAUCUAAAGAAUCGCGGUUACCUAAGGGGACCUCAGAUUGGCUUUGAUAUGCUAAUGUCGAACGACAUGAACGACUCGAAGGAUGACAAGAAGAACGUGGAACGCGUGUCUCGCAGCUCAGCUGACGACGAGGACACGCCAAAUGACCUGGGCCACCUGUUUCGCACGCUCUUCUCAACCAGCGACGAUGGCAAUGUUUCCGAUCAAAUCAAAUCCAAGAUGGGCGUGCCGUGGGACAUGAAUGCUCUCAAGACGACCGUGCGCAACGAAGUCUCCCGAUUCUAUGAGAAGUUCUACGACAAACACAGCAAGCAGACGGUGAACAAGGAUAGUGAAAUAGACACGGAAAUAGACAGAGAGGUUGCUCAUCUAUAUCCAUCGUUGGUAGACGGCGAAAAGGAACAGGAGAGCAUUAACGAGAAGGAAAAGGAGAAGGAGAAGAAGGCGAUUAGCAGCGUGAAAACUGUUUUGAAGCAGCCAAAGCUGAGCAAUGGAUUGGCCAAAAUACUAACUGCUCGAGUCAAGCCUUUGGUGCAGCAGCAGCAGCAGCAGCAGCAGCAGGAGUUGCUAAAGGAACAAAAAGCACCGAAUCCAUCCACAUAAAGUUCAUUUUUAACUGCUUUAAUAAUUGAUUUGGUUUCUGUUUAUAUA